CCUUCCAAGUAGCAGCAGCAGUAGAGUUGCUACCACCGUAAAGGCAUCAUCUCCUCCUCUUUCACCACCAGCCAGCUCUCCCCCUCCUCCCCUUCUCCCCUUUUAGCAAGCACCCUCCUCUCCCACACAGCCGGCGGAAACCCCUCUCGAGCGCGGCAAUCCUAAAUUAAUGCUCUCAGCUGCCUCGCCGGAUUCUGAUCUGGUCCCUUGUGCGAGGUAAAAGAGCUGAUCGCGACACGUAGGUAGGGGGCGCCUGACAGAAGGUGGUUGCGUGGAUGGGAGUUCAGACAAUGUCGUCCCUCGGCGGCGGCGGCGGCGGAGCAGGAGGUGGUGUUGGCGGCGGCGGCGGAGGGGGAGGGGUGCUGUCGCGCCAGGGGUCGGUGUACGGGCUCACGCUCAACGAGGUGGAGAGCCACCUGGGCGAGCCGCUGCGGAGCAUGAACCUGGAGGACCUCCUGCGCACGGUGCUCCCCGCCGAACCGCACGCGCCGGGGACGGGCGCGGGCAAGAAGACGGUGGACGAGGUGUGGCGCAACAUCGAGAACGCCGGCCGCGGCCGGCAGCCCACGGUGGGCGAGAUGACCCUGGAAGACUUCCUCUCGCGCGCUGGCGUGCCGGUCGACGGCGCCGGCGGGGGCGGGGCGUGCGGCGCAGAUGCGCAUUGGCUGCACCAGUACCAGCCGCCGCAGCAGUACGUGGCGCGGCCCUUGCCGCGGCCCCUUGGCGUGGGCGCCGGGCCCGUCCUGGACGCCGUGUACCACGACGGCGGUGGCGGUGGGUUCCUCUCGCACGCAGGCGGCGGGCGGAAGCGUGGCUCGGCGCUGGUGGCCGGAGGGGACGGCGUGGUGGAGAAGACGGUGGAGCGGCGGCAGAAGCGGAUGAUCAAGAACCGCGAGUCGGCGGCCAGGUCCCGGGCCAGGAAGCAGGCGUACACGAACGAGCUGGAGAACAAGAUCUCGCGGCUGGAGGAGGAGAUCCAGCAUCUCAAGGACCUCAAGAAGCUGGAGCCUGUAAUGCAGUUCGUGCCACAGCCGGAGCCGCAGCCAGGAUCGAAGGAGCAGCAGCAGCAACAACAACUGCAACACCAGCAGCAGCUCAUCCGUCAGGUGGUGUUGUACAUGCCCCAGCCAGAGCCGGAGCCGAAUCAGCACCUCCUCCGACGGAUCAAGUCGGCCUGCUUCUGAUCUGUUCGACAGCGACACCGACAUUGUUCAUAGUAGCCAAGACUCCGUAGGGCAUUAGGAAUCUGUACUUGGGGUGUAAUGCUAAGUAUGUGAGAACAAGAACAGCCGCUAAUCAAAACCAACUCUUUUAUA